GUCCACCUGGAAGAUAAAUCUGAAGUACAACACUCACUGGAGGGUAACAUAGCUAAAGGCAGGAUGCAAUCCCACCUUCAGUCCCUGCCUAAGGACUUUAUCCAACAAUUUAAGUCAAUGAUUUCUGAGUUCAGAAAGCAUAUUGCAGAUCUAGGGGAACACACAUCCCAUAUUGAAAACAAUAUGGCCGACUAUGAUGAAGCACCCAACAGCACGACGGAGAUAGUAUCCAACAUGGAACAACAGCUAAUUCAG